GCAGCACCCCCGCCUCCACCCUAGAGCCCCUCGGUGACAGCCACAAUGACAUUUGCCCCCCUCUCCCUGGACCCUUCAUUUGGCCCCUCAGGCUCUGAUUGAAGCCAUUUGUCCCAGGGCUGUUGGGGACAGACAGUGCUUGUUUGGGGACAGUGGGGCACAGCCACCCAUUUCACUCCAAGUGUGGUUUCAUCCCAGGGAGAGGUGCCUGGGUGCCAGGAUUGCAGGUGUGAGGUGAUUCAAAGUUGUUUCCUGGGAUCCUACAAUAAAUACAGAGUGUGGCUGGUGAUGUGGUGAUAGGAGAGAGGCAUGUGGCACUUCACAGCAGCAGGAAGAAUCAUCUGUGAAGCAUUAUAUGGCAACACAGGGCAGAGGACACCAUUCCCAGCAUACAAGGAGACACUGGGAGCCCUGGAAUAAAACCCAACCCAGGUAACCAGAUGUAAAAAUCACUUUUCUUUGUGUCAGGCUGUCUGGAGGGGCUUGUCUCUGCCUGAGAAUGUCUGAAGUGGAUAGCUUAUGGGAUGGAUUGAGAACUGGUGGCAGUUCAUGAUAAACAGCACCUUUUGUGGGUCUGCAUUUUCCAGUGGGAUAAUUAUUUCCCUUUCCCAGCACACUGCUCAUACCCAUUUCUCUUUCCACAGAACAUUGUGCUUUAAUGACGCUUCAUGUUUAAUUCCCGAGAUGCAAUUUUGCUUUCACACCACAAAUUACGGCCUUUGAAUCAGCAGAAAGGUCAGCAUGGGGACACCCCAGCAGCAGCACUGCCAGGCCAGUGUAGGACACAGCCACCACGUCACCUUGAGGCACUAAGAAUCAUCCACUCUCUUCUGUACAGAGCACCAUGGGUUUUGAAGAGGCCGUUCCAGGGCUGCUGGUGGUAGCGGGAUGCUUGGCACGGUGCAGGCGUGUGUCCUGGCCUUCAUCCUGCUGUGUGGAAUGGAGCUGGUGGGGUGUGAGGGCUGGGGGGUGGCAGGAGGCUGGACCCCGCCCCACGGGUGAUGGGCAUGCUUGCUGCCUCCUCUUCUGCCUGAAGCAGUGCAAGCACCAGCUCUGUGCCAGAGUUUUACAGGAAACUAUUGCUAAAAAUGGUCACUGAUGGCAGAAACAGAUCUGUAGGGAAGAGCAGUCAGGUCCUGGCUGUGGGAAUGAGCUCAGCCUCACAUCCAGCCCAGGCAUCAACCGACCAUGGCACAGAAAUCCCAUGUCUGCCUUGGUUAUGCCACUGCCAUGAUGCUGGUGGCAGGAUCCCAUCCAGGAAGGCGCCAGGGAGGCGACAGGAGGUCCCAAGGCCAUGCUGUCCCAGUGCUGGUGGUGGGGACCAACCCAGGCCAGGGCCAUGCAGUCUGGUGGAAUACCCCAAAGCCGCAUCAGUCCGGUGCUGUUGGGCCAGAGCACCAUUCAAGAAGGGUUCAAGGAGGUGAGAAUGGUGGCUGAAGACUGGUGUAGGCGAAGUUUCACCCAAUGGUAUCGGUGUUGGAGUGCAGCAAGGGGACCUCCUUUCUGCCGGUGGCGGGGGGUCCCUGGGGUGCGCACAGCUAGGAGCCGGGCCCCUCGGGGGGCUGGGCUGGGGGGCUCAGCUGGCUCUCGAGCAGCGCCCGCGUCCCUUCAGCUGACACCCUCCGCAGCCGCAGCCGUACCGAGCCAUAGGUGCCACCGGUGCGGCGGGCGGCCCGGGCGCGGCGGCGGGCGGCGGCGGCGGCCAGCAGCAGGGCGGCGAGCAGGAGCCCGCCCAGGGCCAGCAGCGCCAGCCCGGCCACGGUGCAGCGGUCGAGGCGGGCGCGGAGCCGGGCUGCCCGAGCCUCCAGCCGCUCCAUCUGUCGCGCCGGCACCGCGGGGUCGGGCCGCGCCGCCCGCGGAACGGCCCCCGCCAGCACCACCAGCGCCGCGCCGCCCAGCGCGCAGCCCAGCGCCAGCGCCAGCCCCGGGCCCGCCGGCACCGGCCCCCCCGCGCCCGCACCAGCCCCCGCACCCGCGGCCGCCGCCUCGUCCGGGCUCCGCAGCUCCGCCGCCCGCGGGGACGCCAUGGAACCGCCGCCGGCCUGCGCGGCCGAAGUUUGCUAUAGCUCUGCGAACCUCUGGACACUUACUCCUGGGGGUGGUGCGCAUUUACAACAGGAAAGUAAAGUACCUCUUGGCAGACUGCAAUGAAGCUCUGACAAAAAUGAAGACAGCCUUUCGUCCAGGGCUUCUUGACCUUCCAGAAGAGAACUUUGAAGCUGCUUAUCAGUCCAUUACAUUACCUGAAGAAUUUCAUGAUUUUGAAGCACCACUACCAGAUGUAAAGGCCAUUGAUGUUGCUGAACAUUUUACCUUGAAUCAGAGCAGAGCUGAAGAAAUCACACUUACAGAGGAUUAUGAAAGCAGUAUACUUCUCUGUGAUAGAAACUUUGAUGAAGAAGCAGAAGCCCUGAGGAGACAGAGCUUCUUUGAGGGCAGUGUCCUGACGAGCAGUAACAGUCUGGUGGCCGAUCCCAACUCAGCCAGCACCAGCGGAGACAAAUCUGUGCUGCAUGAAGAUGUUUACUGCUUCCAGGAUGACCAUUUUGGGGAUGAGGAAGAUGCUGCAGAUAUGAUUGAAAUCCUGUUGAGGGAUGAGCAAAAUGUCCUAGAUAAAGACAUUCUUGAUGUGGAGGAAGCACGUCCUUUGUCACAAGAUCUGCCAGAGAACAGCACAGCCAUUGAGUCAAACUGUGCAGACACCACCGUCAAGGAUGGAAAUCACACAAUGAGUGAGACAAUCCUUUUGUUCCAGGAAGAAGGAUUUGUGCUUGAGCCAGUUGAUGAUACAGCUGUCACACACAGGAAGAAAAAACAAAGAAAGAGGAAGCUGCUGGUGGAUGUAGAGAAGGAGCUCAGCUGCCAAACCAUUUACAAGCAGCUCACCAACUACAGUGACCUCCUGGCCACGCUGGACCUCGCUCCCCCAACCAAGAAAACCAUGAUGUGGAAGGAGUGGGGAGGUGUGGAUAAACUUCUGUCCCAUUCUUCACAGCCUAUGCUUCAUGCUCAGCUGCAAAAGUUGUUUGAAAAAUGCUUCAAGACUGACAGAUUUAAGAUGAGAGCAAAUGGAGUACAGAGGCUGUCUGAAAUGAAAGAAAUGAGCAAAGAGCAAGAUACUACAGAGAUGCUGCCAGUAGAAGAGCCAAGUUACCUGCAGGAGCCAGCUCAUUCCGAGACUGGGAGAAAAAUUAGAAAUGAUUCCUUUAUGUUGACAUCACAGAAUGACAGAAAUGAAACCAAGGAGAACUGUGGUGAAAUUAUAGAGGAUGGAGCAGCUUUCUCCGAGAGCUCAAAAAAUUCCCUGGGCCAGGAAGCUGAAGCACAGCAGGUGGAGGUGCCAGAGGAGCAAACAACCACCAGCAAAGACAAUGAAGAAAUAAGAUGGGGCAAAAGAACUCUUCGGUUACAAAAAACUUUACAGCAACUGAAGAGAUCAGGGAUGUGUUCCUUCAGUUUUCGGGAGCUCUGCCGGAGAAGCAGCCGGAGAGAAGCUGCAGCCACAUUUUACAUCUUCCUGGUGCUGAAGAAGCAGCAGGUCCUCGAGCUGCGGCAGCCCGAGCCCUUCGCUGACCUCACAGCCACUGCUGGGCCCGUGUUUGACAAGAUCAGAUAAACUGAUCAAAAUACAGCUUAGGUUGCAUUUUCCAGCAAAAUGUUUUCCUGGAAAAUGGAUGGAAUGUCUUGUCAAGCUGUGGGAGAUGAGCAGAGCUCCCUGUCCUCUACACCACCCAGUCAUGGCUGGUGCAGGGGUCCUGCCCCAGAUGAUCACUACAGGGCUUAUCAUUAAUAUUUAUAGUUACAUGAUAGUUAUACAAUAUGUUAAUAAAAUACCACUAAAAUAUAUAUUCUACAUAAGAGAUUUACAUUGUGAAGGAUUUUAUAAAGGUCCUCAAAGGAAUUUUAUAAAAAUCCUCAAAGGAAUUUUAUAGAAGUUCUUCAAAACCUUUCUCAGAGACUACCUUUGGAGCUUAAAUUAUUUUUGACAAGGCUUGUGUCUGUCAAUUCUCUAAUACCAUCAGUAAGAGUUAUCUGUUAACUCGCUGUAGCAAAAAAAUUUAGACUAUUUAAAAUUGUUCCUGUCAAAGAAUGUUCAAUAUUUCAUAUUUGAGGAUCUAGCAGGGUACUGUCUCCAGUGUUGCUUUUGUGUGUUGAGGCAGACAGAGGUUACACUGGCCCUAGAAGAGUCCAGAAGCUGCAGACAGAAAUUCUGUUUCCUAGAAAUCCUGCAUUAUCAGAUUUCACCGAGCUUUUUAACUUAUUAACACCUUUAUUCAUGUGUAGAUCUAUUUAAAAAAUUGAUGUUAACUGAAAUAUUAUUGGUUCUUUGCAUUUUUAUCUAAUUUAGGAUAAAAUUUAUCCCUUUUACUGUCAUUUUCUGAAGCUGUUGGUUUCCAGCUGCCUCCCACCUGGAGGAGGAAUGGUUGUGCCCCACUCAGCUGCUUCAGUGCCGUGGGGACAUCACUGCUCCUUCAUGUAGAAUCAAUAAAAAU